UUAAACUUUUGUUUUUUUCCAGAGCAUAUUGUCGCCUGCAGAUGGAGCACAUUAGUACACCCAAAAUUGAUGACGUUCACUUGCAGAGCAAGUUCUCACACAAGAAAACACACAAAGGCAGUCUUUACGUGACACCAACCCAUCUUAUCUUUCACAAUCAAACCGUAGGAAGAGAAACAUGGCUGUUGCAUACUCACAUCUUACAAGUGGAAACGCUACCAUUAAACACAAAAGGCUCGCCCUUGAAGAUAGCCUACAAAACAUUCAGAUCAUUCACUUUCAUCAUUGCUAAAGAUCGUGAAUGCCAAGACAUCUAUGAUACUCUGGUGCACUUCUCUAGACCAAAUUCAUAUAAUGAUUUAUAUGCAUUUCACUACUCUCCACAUGAGAAGAAAUUUAGCCGCGAGAACGGCUGGUCUAUCUUCCAUCACAAGAAAGAGUUUGGUCGAAUGGGCAUUCCCAACGACUACUGGCAUUACAGUCCAUUGAAUGAGAACUACAAGCUUUGUCAGACGUAUCCCGAGUGGCUGUAUGUGCCGAGUAGCGUGAGUGAAGAAGUCGUGAAUGGGAGUGCUAAGUUUAGGAGUCGAGAGAGAGUACCGGCAUUGUCAUAUUACCACCAAGAGACACAGGCAGCAUUAUGUCGUUGCAGUCAGCCACUAAGUGGAAUGGUCAAACGAUCAUCAGACGACGAAACGUAUUUGGAAACGAUUGCACUAGCGAAUCCCAACAAAGGAUAUAUGUAUGUAGUCGACACACGCCCACGAAUCAAUGCAAUGGCCAACAAAGCAGCAGGAAAAGGUUAUGAGAAUACAAAUUUUUACAGCAAAAUUGAGUUUCACUUUUUGGGAAUUCCCAACAUUCAUGUGAUGCGUGACAGUUUGAACAAACUGGUAGAAGUUGUGUCGAAUCCUAGUUUGAGUAUGACAGAGUUUCUCAGUGGUAUUGCAAGCAGCGGUUGGUUGAAACAUAUUAGGAGUGUCAUGGAGACAUCAAUUUUUAUAGCAAAGGCUCUUGCUGAACAGGGGCGGUCUGUGUUGGUUCACUGCAGUGAUGGUUGGGAUCGAACGGCUCAGACGUGUUCUGUUGCCUCGUUGUUGAUUGAUCCUUACUAUCGCACUUUGCACGGAUUUCAAGUUCUAAUCUGUAAAGAGUGGCUGGCAUUUGGACACAAGUUUACUGAAAGGUGUGGCCAUUUAGAUGGUGACGGCAAAGAGAUUUCUCCUGUUUUUCUCCAAUUUCUUGAAGUCGUGUGGCAGCUCCAGUGCCAGUUUCCAUGUACUUUCCAGUUUAAUGAGAAACUCCUCAUUGAUCUCCACGAGCAUGCCAGUUCAUGUCAGUUUGGAACAUUUCUUGGCAACUGCGAACGAGAACGAAAAGAGCUAGAAUUGAGUAGCCGAACGUAUUCAUUCUGGGGAUAUGUGUGGGAGCAUGCGAGUGAGUAUUUGAAUCUCAUGUAUCGACCAAUGACGGAAUACACUGAAAUGAUGCUUCAUCCAGACAGUAGCCCACAGAGAAUACGGUUUUGGAGGGGAAUGUACAAUCAUCAUGAUCACGCUGUGCUGCCUCGGCAAUCAACAGAAUCUUGUCUUGCAAGCAUCAUACGAGAAACAGAGAAUUGGCGGAAAGAGAAAUCAGUCCUAGAACAGAAAAUUAAGGCACUGAAAAAGCGUCUUGGCUAUGUUGAUCAUGAGGCAGAGGAUUCAUUUGUUUCCGAGAUGAAAGGAGGAGAAGACAAGAGCACGGAUCGUAUGGACAUUGACCAUACAUCAAUGGCUGACAUUGACCAGUCAACGUCUGUUGUGGAUGAUGAGGAUCUAGAUUAUCAUCCUGUUGACUCACUAGAAGGUGAAGAUAAAGGUGGAGAAGAGACGAGUGCUGUAACUAAUGAGGAGAUAUCGGAUGAAGCAUAGCUUGCAAUUGUAUGUGUCAACAAUGUAUUAGAGCAACGAAUUCAAGCCGGACAGAUGACUGUCAGUGAGGUAUCAUAAUAUAUAUGUGAUUAUUUGUAGGCUGUUGGGGUUAGGGUUAGGGUUGAUGACAAUACAGUAUUUUUGAUCUGAAUAA